AUGGACAAAUUGGCCAUUACUUAUAGUUCUAAUGUUUCACCGGAGGUGCGUGAAGAUAUCCGCACUAGUUUGGGAUUGACGACGAUGCAAACUCAUGACAAAUACUUGGGCUUACCCUAUUUGGUGGGAAAAAAUAAACGCCGGGCCUUGGCAUACAUCAAAGAUCGUGUCUGGCACAAGCUUAAAGGUUGGAAAGGGAAGUUGUUCUUAGCAGGCGGUAAAGAAGUUCUCAUCAAAGCGGUAAUCCAGGCAACACUGACUUAUGUUAUUAGUAUUUUUAAGCUCCCUAUUUCUUUCUGUCGUGAACUAGAUCCAUUGGAAGAGAUGGGAGAAGCUAUGUAA